AUGUUUCAUCCGAGUAUGAGCCCGUCUGCAGUUGUUCAUGCGACAGUUUGGUUCAGUAUGCAGAUGCACGGACUUUUGCAUCCGCGAUGGUACAGCAACAUGGCACGACGUCGCAGUGAGCGCAACAAGUAUUUGAUGGGUAUGACGGCAAGAAGCGAGCACAUGAAAGAACAUCAUGAAAGAACACCAUUGAAGAUCAAAAGGGAGGACGAAGCUUUGCAGGAAGAAGCUGUUGUAUCGCAGGCUAUGCAAACUCUGUAUGUCGGGGAGUUUGGAAGCGGAACAAAUUGGGAACAAACAACUAGAAACAUGAAGCUGGAUUGA